UGAUGACGUAAGGGGAACGCAACCCAAUAGGUCAAAGUUCACGCCGGAGUUACAUAACAGUUUGUGUUUAUCUGGGCAACAUGACGGACGUCAGCGUCCCGCAACAGGAACAAUCGUCUAGCCGCGAACCCAGGUGCCGGUUGGGAAGGCGGCUGAAGUGGCGCCCGACGUCUUCAGCUCACCUCGCCGCCGCUGAGACAAGGGUCCUGCAGCAUGUGAAGUCAAAAGUGGAGAGAUUCUACAUCCCGAUCUCCAACAACAGAAGGGUAUGGACCCUGAAAGUGGACUCCCCAAAUCCAGAGGCCCUUCCGAUCGUCCUGAUUCACGGUUUCGGAGCUGGAGUAGGUUUCUGGUUACUAAACAUUGACGCACUCGCCAAGCACAGAGCUGUCUAUGCUUUUGACGUGCUGGGCUUUGGGCAAAGUUCUCGGCCAAAGUUUGGCACCGACGCAGACGCUGUGGAAGAGACAUUUGUGAACUCUAUCGAGGAAUGGAGGGAGGGUGUCGGGCUGGAGAAGUUCAUCCUGCUGGGACACAGCUUUGGGGGUUUUCUGGCAUCCUCUUACUCCAUCAAACACCCAGACAGAGUCAAACAUCUGAUACUGGCCGACCCCUGGGGAUUCCCAGAGAGGACAGAAGAGGCUGCUGAGGAACAGAGAGCUCGGAUCCCAGUCUGGAUGAGAGCGAUUGGUUCCAUACUGCUGCGCUUCAACCCACUGUCACCCUUCAGAGCAGCAGGGCCUUGGGGUCCAAAACUCGUAAGGAGGGCAAGACCAGAUCUUCAAGCCAAGUUUGUCGAUGCUUUUGAGGACUUCACUGUCAUUGACUACCUCUACCACUGCAAUGCACAGCCCCCAAGUGCUGAGGUGGCGUUCAGCCACUUACAGAUCCCGUAUGGCUUUGCCAGGAAUGCCAUGCUGCCCCGCAUGACACAGCUCAGGGAGGAUGUGCCCAUCACGUUCAUCUUCGGUGGUGAUUCCUGGAUGGACAGCAGGCCAGGGAAGCAGACAAAGGUUCUAAGGGAGGAGUCGUAUGUAGACGUAAUGUACAUUCCGGAGGCGGGGCACCACGUGUAUGCUGACCAACCAGACAAGUUCAACAGGAAGGUGGUGUGGGUUUGUAAUAAUGUGGACAGAGCACACCAGUCAGAAACUAUGCAAACUAUGGAGACAAGCAUCUAACAUAUUCCGUAUCAUCAUGAUCAGUGCCUUCUCAAACUCCAAGUGACCAGUUUUUAUUGUAUUGAAAUAUUGAUAUAUUACAGUUUAAAGCUAUUGAUUUGGCUUGACUUAUAUGUGCCUCUCUGCCACUACCACCCGAACCAAUAUCAAAGCUACCAGAAAGUCCAACAGUAUCAGAAACCUGCAUACACUUAAGUAAUUGAUUUCUGCAUUGUCAUAAGCACACUGUAAAUAUACAUAUAUAGUAUGCAUGCCUACAGCCUCCGUAUUUUUGUUAGUGUUAGUCAAUGUUUUGAUACCCUCUCCUUUGAUUUGUUAACUAUGGGUAAAAUGCAUUGAGAAUUGGCUUACAACAAGUAUACUUUAGUAGCUGGUUGUUAAGCUGGAACUUUUGAUGACUUAAAAUGUACCAUCAGGUAAAUAUACGUUACAAAAUGUUUCUCGAUUGUGUCUCAUCUACCACUAUAUACAGGGCUCGAAAUAGUGGGUGUUUGUGCACCCAAAAUUGGAGCUGUGCACCCAAUUUUUUUCAUAGGCUUAUGUAUGUUAAGAUGUCAAUAUACUAAGUAAACACC